CUCGAGGAUCCUUAAUUCCACCACAGCAGAGACGCCGCACCUGCAAAAUUCCCUUGGGACACAAAGUCCGCAACUAGUCCAAGUCAGGUUGGCACAUUGCCCCAAUCUGUCAGCAAUGGCGCUCCUGCGGAGAAGGAUGCCAACUCGGCCUUGAGCCGGGGUGUUUGGUGGGUGAUUCAGCAGAUCCGAUCCACAGCCUGAAACUGGGCUCGAGUCAUCGUCGGGAAAUACCUACACAGAUGCGGUGGAAUUUCGGUUCGUUGGUGACCAACAGACAACAGAUCGUUGGCGCUCGGCGCAUAACAGGCAGUAAAUGAUGCCAGACAGAUUGACAAAGAAACAACCGCCAUGCACCAGAGUGAGACUGCAGUGUCCGCUCCUGCUGCUGCUACCAAAUGUUGAGCAUCAAUGACCGACCACAUCCUCAACAAUGAGUGUGUCACACGGCCGACCAUCUCAGUGCUUACAUAUGCCCGUCAUACGACAUGCAGGAUCCCAUCUGGUUCGAAACGACUUUCCUAUUUGCCACGUUCUAUAGCAAUUCCUACGGGCAGUCUAGGAGAGAAGUAAUUUCAGGUGUCCGCUAGGACAUUGCGCUGAAGGUGGAUCUCACUGGUCGUGAGUCGUCAAGAAGCUGCACUCAGCGCAGCCAUCUGUCCCGCGCUUGUGGCUUGUGCGAAGGGUUAACGCCUCAUCCAUCCUGCGUGGAAAAGACUAACAUGGUCGUUGGUAACUAAGGCCCGUUAAAGUAUUUACGACUUUCCGUGUUGGAGGAUGGGUACAGCGGGUCUCAGAAAACACCAUUGACUGUCGUUGCCAAUCAAGCUGCCGCCAUGGGGUCAAAUGGCUCUGUUUCAAUUCGCGGAUGAAAUCUUGCGGCUGAACCACAUUAACUGUUGUUCUGUCUCUGUCGUCUUUCAAAUACCACGCGAAGGACCAAAGGAUUGAUGCUGUGGACCUGGUCAGCAUCGAUUGACCCCUUCAGCCUUCGAGAUGGCGUACACUAGGAAAGGAAGAAUCUCAGUUGUGUUAGCGACAGAGGUGUGCUUCUGUGGUGUCAGGAUGCCGUUGAGGCUUUCGAACAGGGGCUGGAGGCUGUGAGUGAGAUGCACCCACGAUAUAUAAGGCCCAGCCUACGGCAUGAAGACCAUGUCUUGCUAUACUGAUUGCACCAUCUGGACCUUGCGAUGUUUUCCUCAACUACUUUCCACGCCUUGUGCGUGCUUGCUCUCACGGUUGCAGUGGAGUCUCAGUCUGGCACAUUGACCGCCACACCAACCGCUACACCAACCGCUCAAGAGCCAUGUGCUCAAGUGAGUGCAUAUUCAAGCCAAUAUCUGUCGGCAAAUCCUUCAGCACUCAAUGUCGCCAUGCCUCCAGGUUUGUUGACCUUAUCCAGGCGCUUCCGAUCGUGGCUGAUGGCUUCGAAUAGAUAUGGCAUACGCCUGUCUACAAUCGGUUCCUUUGGUCAAAGAGGAUACGCUUGCUCUACUUACCGGAUUCAAAGCUUGGGUGCAGUGGCAGAGCAACAUAGCCUGGGUAAAGGAUCCACCAGCAAGUUGGCCAUUCCCUGCGGUCGACCUAGUGGGAGGAUUGGAAGAGCUUACCGCAAAGGUGGAAGAUGGGACCAUCACCCAGGAAAUUGACUUCGAAACCCAACUGGUCGAUUUGAUCACUUCGGUUCGCGACGGGCACUUCACCUUCUCGCCAGAUGCCUACUCUGUCUUUAAUUUUGCCAACCUCCACGUGCCCAUAGUUUCCGUUUCGAGUGAUGGUAAACAGCUACCAGAAAUCUACGCGCUCCUCGACCUGAAGGCUCAAGCCCAAGAGGAAGCAAAAGGAUGGACGCCUUCUCCUAUCGUCAAGAUUAACGGAACAGAAGCGGUUUCCUGGCUGAGUGAAAAGGCUUUCAACGGGACCAUGACUCAUCAGGACUUGGACACGUUGUACAACCGUGUGUUCUUUACCAUCACUGCGACCACCAACGCCGGCUACGGCUACUUCAGCACACCGUCAUUGAGUCGGUUCUGGGGUUCGUCGAUCGCGGUUGAGUUCAAGAACGGGAGCCAAGUAUCUAUUCCCAUCCAAGCCAUUACGAACAAGGACUUUACCAACGUGGUCGACGGCGAGAGCUUUUACCAGAGUUUCUGUAAUGCUACGGCCAAGGCCAUGGCAGCAGCGAGUGCAUCUUCGACAUCUCCCGCCCAGCCGACCGCGACCACGGCGCCCGAUCCUACCGCCCUCAUCCCGCAAUACCCUUCAGCCAUCGCAAUCAGCGACGAUGGUUCGCUAGCUGGCUACUUUCUGGAUGAUGAACCAAGCGUUGCUGUUCUUGCGAUCCACGAAAUGUCCGAGACGGCGCAAGUUUCGACACAGCAAUCCCUUACGCGGUUCUUGCAACAAUGUCGGCAAGCUAAUAAGACCCACCUCAUCGUGGACGUCAGUCAGAACGUAGGUGGCUCAAUCAUAGUAGCCUACGAUAUCUUUAAGCAAUUGUUCCCAUCGGUUCAGCCAUAUCUGGGGGCUCAGCUACGUGCACAUGAGCAGGUCAACAUCCUCGGGACGUUUAUUACUUCCCUCAUUCAGCAGGCUGAAAAGCAGAAACCUGUCAAUGUUGAGGAUUUGAAUAACGACGGGCUAUUCACUCUCUUUGAUGCCACGUCUAUCGACGAUGAUAGCGGGCAGCCUUUUCAAUCCUGGGAACAAUAUUUCGGUCCUGUCCAGGUGCACGGUGACAAUUUCACGCACCAAUAUCAGCUCAACCUUUCCAAUGCCGCUUAUGACGAAGGCACCGGCGGCAUCGUCGUCUCGGGCUAUGCCAACAACUCCAAAGUUGCCCCCCAACCUUUCCUUUCCGAGAACAUUGUCACUUUUGGGGAUGGAUUUUGUGGGUCGGCCUGCACCAUCUUCCUGCAUCUGCUGAAGUAUCAGGGUAAGGUCAAGUCAAUUGCGGGCGGAGGUCGACCCCAACCUGGGCCAAUGCAGGCCAUGGGAGGCACCAAAGGGUGCCAAGUUGAACCUUUGGAUUAUAUCAACCAGGCUAUGUUGUUCUUUUACCAGAAUGCUUCGUCGGAAGCGAUCAAAGAGGCGAAUCAGACAGCACUGAAAGUCCUGGCGGACCAGGCCGACACGCUACUCCUUCGGAACGAUGCAGGGGCCGCUGUCCAGGUCAACCUUCUCAAUUCUAUUGCUCAGUAUGAUCAGUCCCAGACGCCGCUCCAGUUUGUCUAUGAGGCAGCGGACUGCAGGCUGUGGUACCAGACUGCUCACGCGUCUGACGUGACGGCGAUCUGGAACACGGUGGCAGAGCAGGCGUUUGGACUGAAUGGGCAAGAAAAGUACUCGUUGUGUGUCCCGGGCAGCACGAAUCAGCCCAGCAGCUUGAGCGGCAACCAGACAUUGUUCCAGGGAGGUCAGAUUGUCAAUGUCACCGGGUACAACCCAGGCGAAGACGCCACGCAGAGCGACUCGUCGGAGCAGAAUGGUUCUGCGUCGCUAGCGUUUGGCGCCGGGAACCUGUCAAGCAUGGUCUUGGGGAUCCUUUUAGUGGUGGUGGCGUCGUCGUCGGCCAACUGGCUGAUCUAGC